CCCUGCACCGAGGGAGGGAUUCUCCGAGCAGCUAGCAUCACUGCGCAGAGGGAGGAGAUCCUCAGAGCAUCAGGCCUCAUCCCUGGACAUAGGGAGGGGAUCCUCCGAGCAUCAGGCCUCAUCCCUACGAAGAGGGAGGGGAUUCUUCCAGCAGCUUCUAUCACUGCACAGAAGAAUAAGAUCCUCAGAGCAUCACAACUCACCCCUGCACAAAGGGAGUUGAUCCUCCUGAUGACCAGUGUCACUGCGCAGAGAAAGGGAAUCUUUCCAAAGGCCAGUGUCCCUGCGCACAGGGAGUGGAUCGUCCCAAAGGCUGGUGUCCCUGCAGAGAGGGAGGAGAUCCUCCUCACAGCCAGUGUCCCUGUGAAGAAUGAAAACAAUCAUCCACAACCACCUCCCAUCAUCCCCAUGGUGGCACCACUGUGGAAAUGGGAUGGUGGAGCGUGUACUCCACCUGUGGAUUUCUAUUCCAAGAGAAGAGAUGUCCGACUUAGAUAUGUUGAGCAUCCUGCUAUGAUGUCCAUCACCAAGCCGGAACACUCCGAUGCCAACCCUCAGUUCCAGACUGGCACCCGGCCGGUGGCUGAGCCCGAGACCCCUGCUGUUCACAAUAACAGUGGAGGCUGGCUCAGCUGGGUCUUUGGGAGUGGAAGAGCUAAUAAGAAGGAGGUUCAUCUACCUGAGGACAAAGACAGAUCUAUUGUCUGGGAUCCAACUCUGCACAGAUGGGUUAACAAAACUGAGCCCAAGGCUGAGAACAAGUGUGUACCACCACCACCGAUGGGGACAUAUGGAUAUCAGGGGAACACUGGCAAUGUCCCCAAAGGAGUGAAUCCCUACUCUACGAAAGCAGCAGGUCUAUGGGGCAGCAGAUACCCUACAAUGCAUUUCAAUGAUGGGACCAACUCAAAGCUUCCAAGCCAUGGGCCUGGACUGCUUACUAGACAGCUCUCUGGCUUGCUCCCUUCUUCACACUUUGACCUCAUGGCACCAAUGGUUGUGCCACCUGACACUCUACCCUACUGAGGCCAAUUGCCCAGAGUGUGAAUCUAUUAAAAGAUGAUAUUUUAAUUAAAUCUCUACUUUGUGUCCCCAUGUUCACAUUACUUUCAUGUGUU